AUGGAAGAGGGUAUCGAUAAUAAUCUCGAGGCUUCUGAUGAGUCCCUGGAUCGAUAUUCUGGAGAUUUCAACACUCCAGAUUUAUAGAUGUAAUAAUACGAAGUAUCCCCUCAAUCACAAUACCUAAUGAUUGGUAAUGUAGAUAAAUUGGUCACUCCACCAAGGGAUUUGAAUUUAAGAAAUAGUAAUAGGCUUUAUUGCAAUUUGUAAUUGAGUGAUUAUCAGAAAUCCUUCAAUUCCUAGCUGAAAUAAGCACAAUCGAUACUAACAAAGGAAUCCAUGGAUAAAAACUAACCAGGAAUCUCAUAGGGCCUAAUGACUGCUGGAAUAUCUAUAAAGGGUAACAAAGAAUAGCAAAUUUCCAAGAUGGAGUCUAUUGUUUCCCAAUUAAAAUAGUAAGAAUAAAAGCAACCUUUUAUUGAAAAUCUAUUGGAUUUUCUGGAUGAUGGCGCUAAGAAUCCUUCGUAUUGA